AUGCUGAAAAAAUAUCAGCACACCCUGGCCUUGGUGUUUGCGGUGAAUGAAAUCAAUGGAAACAGCAUGAUCUUACCCAAUAGGACGCUGGGAUUUCAUAUCUAUGAUAGCCACUUUGAUGCCCAGAUAACUUAUCAGAACACGCUGAACUUGCUCUUUAAUCAGAAGCCAACUCUUCUCAACUACAAGUGCAACGAGAAGAUACCAGCAGCUGUCAUUGGGGGUACUGAUUCAGAAACUUCCCUUCACAUAGCUACUAUCUUAGGGAUCUACAAGAUUCCACAGGUCUCCUAUUGUUUAUAUAGUCCACCAGUGAAUGAUAUAAGCCAUCCGUCUUUCUUAUACCGCAUGGUACCCAAUGAAGCACAUCAGUAUGCAGGAAUAGUCCAACUAUUGCUUCAUUUUCAAUGGAAGUGGGUUGGGAUCAUGGCCAUGGAUGAUGAUAAAGGAGAAAAGUUUGUGCAGACUUUGGAGAAAAGCUUUUCUGAGAAUGGAAUCUGCCUUGCCUUCUCUGAACGAAUGCCGCUCCAAAGCAAUAUUAUAGACAUGGUUGAUCAUUUCAAUGACAUGUUUAGGGAAAUGGCCCAGCUGCUCAGUAAACCAAGCGUCAAUAUCUGUGUUGUAAGUGCUGAUGCUCACAUGAUGUUAGAUUUGCAGAUAGUGCUCAAUCUUGCCGAAUCAGACAUGAUGCUGCCUGUGCAGAAGGUAUGGGUGAUGACAGCCCAUUGGGACUUUUCAGUGGAGCCCUUUUUAAAUAAUUUAAGCAUGCAGAUCUUCCACGGAGCCUUGUCCUUUGCAAGUCACACCUUGGAGAUGCCAAAGUUUCAGAAUUUCCUUCUCUUCCACCACCCCCGUUCUCGUACUGAUCCCUUUAUCAGAGUCUUCUGGGAACAAGCGUUCAAAUGCUCAUUCCCAGCUUCUGCAACGGACAAAGGAAGCUGUACUGGCAAUGAGAGACUAGAAAGCCUUCCGCAGCCUUUUUUUGAAACAAGUAUGACCAGUCAAAGCUACAGUGUUUAUAAUGCUGUCUACGCUUUGGCCCAUGCUUUGCAUGCCUUUUAUUCACCCAGAAGUAAAUAUGGAGCGGUGCUGAUGAAAGAUCACCAGAGGACUUGUAAAUCACAGUAUUUUCAGCUUUACCAUUUCCUAAGUCAAGUCUCCUUUAACAACAGUGCCGGGGACAAGGUAUCUUUUGGCAAGAAGGGUGAAUUGCUUGCUGGAUUUGACAUUAUUAACUGGGUUACUUUCCCUAACAAGUCCUUCGUGAAAGUGAAAGUGGGACAAAUGGAUCCUGAAGCCCCAUCAGGCAGAAAGUUCUCCAUCAAUGAAAGAGAAAUCACAUGGCCAGCCCAUUUUAACCAGACUAUACCUCUUGCUCUAUGCAAUGAUCAUUGCCCACCAGGUUCCAGAAAGAAAAGGAAGGAAGGGGAGCCUUUUUGUUGCUACGAUUGUAAUACUUGUCCAUCAAGAAAAUUUUCAAAUGAAAGAGAUAUGGAUGACUGCUUAGACUGUCCAGAAGAACAAUAUCCAAACAAGGAAAAAAAUAUGUGCAUUCCCAAGGAUCUAAAUUUCUUGUCUUACAAUGAAACUUUGGGCAUCACUUUAGCUGCUCUGGCUCUAUCACUUUCUGUGACCACAGUGGUGGUACUUGGAAUUUUCAUAAAACACCGGAAUACUCCCAUUGUCAAAGCUAACAACCGGAAUCUCUCUUAUCUUCUCCUUGUCACCCUCUUCCUCUGCUUCCUCUGUUCCUUGCUAUUCAUUGGUCAGCCCCAAUUGCUGACCUGUCUUCUUCGUCAAAUGGCUUUUGGGAUUAUCUUCUCAGUUGCUGUUUCUUCAGUUUUGGCCAAAACCAUCACAGUGGUUCUAGCUUUUAUGGCUACCAAGCCAGGAUCAAAAUUGAGAAAAUGGGUGGGGAAAAGAUUUUCCAACUCUCUGAUUCUCUGUUGUUCCUGCAUUCAAGCAAGUAUUUGCAUAUUGUGGCUGUGCACUGGCCCUCCUUUCCCAAAUUUGGACAUGCAUUCUCUUCCAGAAGAGAUUGUGGUCGAAUGCAAUGAAGGAGCAGGCAACAUGUUCUAUUAUAUUUUAGGAUAUAUGGGACUUCUUGCUCUCAUCAGCUACAUUGUGGCUUUCUUUGCUCGAAAACUGCCAGACUCUUUUAAUGAAGCCAAAUUUAUUGCUUUCAGCAUGCUGGUGUUUUGUAGUGUAUGGGUGACUUUUAUCCCAACUUAUCUGAGCAACAAAGGAAAAUACAUGGUAGCUGUGGAGAUCUUCUCCAUCUUGGCUUCCAGUAUAGGAAUAUUGGGAUCUAUCUUUUUCCCUAAAUGCUAUAUAAUUGUAGUGAGACCAGAACUCAACACGAAGGACCAUCUAAAAACAAAAAAUUAA